AUUUAUAUCACAUUUUUUUAGGUUAUGGUCCAAUUUAUUUAAUAAUCUUUUUUAUACAAUGUUUGGUGAAAAAGCGUAUCUUCUAAUUAAAGAACUAGACCGAAAUCGAGACUCCCUUCCCCCUUAUAACACAGAAUUGCUCAGUGAAAUCCACAACGAAGUCAAACAACUCGUGACAGAAAACCAAGAAGACGCGAAUGUGUCCGAACAGAGUCGGCUGGUUGAAAACGUGUCAUACGUUCCAACACUCAAAAUCCGGCACGCUGCCAUUAAGAGAAACAUUAGGUGCAUUCUGGCUUAUCACUACAACCGUUUAAAAUGCUUGAAGACCAUACGUUGGCAGUUUGGCAGCAUUUUACCGCCUGAAGUCAAAGCAAACUUGAGUCAGGCGGAAAUAGAUUUUUUUUCCAAAUAUUCCAGCUCGUUAAUGCAAUAUAUGAGAGGCAUUGGCGACGACGGGGGCGUCAAUUUGGCCGUGAAUUUAAAACCACCGAAGUCGCUCUACAUCGAGGUACGUUGUGUGGUGGAUUAUGGACAGUUGGAACUGAGUGAUGGGUCUGCGCUACUCCUGAAAAAGAACAGUAGGCACCAUCUACCUCGAACAGAGUGUGAAGAAUUGAUUAGGCAAGGUGUGCUAGAACAUGUAGUGUAAUUUACUAAUUUUAAUAAAAUUGCGAAUAAUUA